UUUCACAUCUUCAAUUCAAGAUUAGGGUUCCUCAGUUUCUUUAAAUAUAUUUCUGCUUUCUUGCAUAUCAAGAUUUCAUAUAAUUUUCAUCAAGAUUUCCAACUUUUAACUUCAUAACUCUAUCCUAUGGAUUACUCUUCUUCUUGGGUUGACACUUCCUUGGAUCUUAAUCUCAAUCCCAAACGUAUCAAAAAUGAAGUUUCCAUUCAAGAAAAUGAUUUCAUGGAGUUAGGAAUUAGAAAUAUUUCUGCUAAAGAAGAGUCUGGAGCUUUAAUGGAGGAACUGAACAGAGUUAGUGCAGAGAACAAGAAACUAACGGAAAUGUUAACUGUUAUGUGUGAGAAUUACAAUGCUCUGAGAAGUCAGUUGAUGGGUUACAUGAACAAGAAUUCUGAGAAAGAGCUGAGCCCUUCAAGAAAAAGAAAAUCCGAAACCAGUAAUAAUGUUAUUAAUAAUUUGAAUAAUAAUACCAUUGGUAAUUCUGAAAGUAGCUCAACUGAUGAAGAAUCAUGCAAGAAACAACGAGAAGAAGUUAUCAAAGCUAAGAUUUCAAGAAUUUAUAGCAAAACUGAUGCUUCUGAUCAUACCACCCUUGUAGUGAAAGAUGGAUAUCAAUGGAGGAAAUAUGGACAAAAGGUUACUAGAGAUAACCCUUCUCCAAGAGCUUACUUCAAAUGCUCUUUUGCUCCUACCUGCCCUGUCAAAAAGAAGGUUCAAAGAAGCAUUGAAGAUCAAUCAGUAUUAGUUGCAACUUAUGAAGGAGAACACAAUCAUCCCCAUCCAUCACAAAUGGAGGCAACAUCAGGCGCGAGCCGGAGUCUGAAUCUUGGUUCAGUACCGUGCUCAGCCUCCCAUGGAUCAUCCGGACCGACCAUUACUCUUGACUUGACGAAAUCCAAAACCACCACCAAUAAUGAUGCCAGAAGUUCAAAACCAAGAAUGGAUAAUUCUCCUGAAGUAAAGCAGUUUUUAGUAGAACAGAUGGCGUCUUCGUUGACGAAAGAUCCGAAUUUUACGGCAGCAUUAGCAGCUGCCAUUUCAGGAAAAAUGUUGCAGCAGAAUCACAAAGAAAAGUGGUGAUUUUUGUUUUUCGGUUUAGCUCGAGUUGUUACGAAGAAUAUUGUAAUCUUCAUUAGGCCAUUUUGAGAUUUGCAGUGUAGUUGUAUAUACAAAGUGAGAAAGCAAUUUUUUUAGAUUUUUGUUACUUGUGGAAGCAAAAGAUUAAUGAAAAAAGUUGAAUUUCCUUA